AUGGCUGUUCCCUCCGAGCCUGAGUUUUCUCAUCCUGUGGCUGUUCGGAAGGUCUGGCAGGCCCACUGCCCAGGCAGGAUUCGACCUCAAGACCCAGGGAUCCUGUAUGAGCUGUCCUCCCACACCAGUACUGAAAAGAAGAAAGAAAGAAUGGAAGAGGAAAAGGAGAGGACACAGUCCCCUGUGGCCUCCUGUGUGCAGAUUACCAUCAUCAUCCCUGGAGGGUUCUGGAAGCUAUGUGAGGUCUGGGAGCAGGAGAGGAUCGGGGGAGGUGGCAAAAAGAUGCUUCUAGGGCCCCCGAGUGGGCGAGCAGAACGGGACAUAGAGCUGGACCAAGGGGCAGAGGAGGUAGCCUUCGGUGGAAGGCCCAAACUAGGAGCUUGGCGAAGAGUUGAUGGGCAGAGUGGGGAGUGCAGGGCUGAGCCAGCCAUGGAGGAGGACUCUGCGGAGAUGCAGCAACCAGCACCUCUGGGGACUCUGUACCUGCCCUGGGCAAUUCUCUUUCUCCUCUACUCUCUGGUGACAAUUGUCUCUUAUCUCCUGGACAUGGCCAGCCACAGCCUGCUGGCCCAGGCUAGAGGAUCCUUCCUUCUUACCCCUCUGUCUGCAGCCUGGUUUGGCUCCCAGCUCAUAGCUGACAUCGUCUUCCUGGGGCUCCUGCCUCUCAGCCUCACCUGGUCCCACAGCGGCCAGCCCAUGGGCCUCAUCCUCUGCCCCCGGGAUCCAUGUCCGGCCUUCUUGGCUUUCAGUACCAGCGGCCGACUGCUGACUCAUGUGGCUGCUGACCGCUGUACCUCCUUGCUUCAACCAUCCUGGGCACUGGGUCAUUGUGUAGUUCGCCAAAUAGUUAUCUGUGCUGGUGCAUUCUGGAUCCUUCUGCUGGGCCUGGCUGGGAGAGCCUUGGGAACUUUGAGGGAUGGAAAUGGCUGGAGUGACCCUUUCAACAGGACAAUGACCCUGGAAUCCCCCAGGCAUGGCCAGGACCCCUUGGCCUGGAGCCCUGUGCUUGAUCAGCUGGUGUUUGGAUUUGGGGUGCCACUGGGAGUACUGAGUGUCUUCCACAGUGUGGUGCGGGAGCAGCUCCAGCUGGCUGGGGUCUCUGGGAGGCCUCCAUUGCUGAGUUUGCCAGGAGCCACUGCAGCCAUGCUGUUCGCCUGUUGGUUCCCCUUCCACCUUCUGAUGCUGCUCAAGUUCCUGGGCAUGUGGGGACCCGGACUGCAGCUGAGGGAUGUGUGGGUGUUGCUGAGACCUCUGGGGCUCACUCUGCUGGCAUCAACUUGCUUCCUCAACCCACUGCUGUAUGUAUGUGGGGGCAAGGAAAUCCAGAGACAGCUAGGCCAGGCCUUGAGGUUCCAUUGACAGGAAGGAGAGGAGGAUGAGGUGGCAGAGGAACAGGCACUGGGGAUGGAGGCCGAAAGGCUCUGGGGCAGCCUGAGGGAGCAGGGCACAGUCUGGGGUGAGGGGCUUCUGUCUUCUGAAAAUGAAGGUUGGGCUGAAAUAAAGGCACAGGAAGUGGGGUGGGGAGGAGAGAGG